UUAGAAAUUAAUAAAUCUUGACUGUGACUACUGGACUUGUACAGAAUGCUCAAAGUAGAUUUUGCACAAGUACUUUUGCUGAUUUAAUGUUGGAUGGGAAGGUUUCUGACUUUGAUGUAAAAGGAAUUCCCUAGCAUAGUUCUUCACAUAGCUGGGGCUUAUCAUUGAGGAGUAACAAAUGCUGCUGUCAAGGCAAUAGUUGAACAAGAGGCACUUUCAUGCAGCUCCCUCCACUUUUAUCUGUCUAUGAAAAUUGUCCUGAAUAUAUUAUCAGGCUAUCGGUUAUUUUAGGUGUAGGGUUGAAGUUAGCAUGACAUCAUUGAUGGGUGUCUUCUUACUGAAAUAUCCUAAAAGGUUACUUGUUAAAACACAUUUUGGGCUAUUCAAAACUGAAUUAGACGUAAUGAAACUACACAUAACAGGAAAAGGUCUUACACAUUUUUCAAUUUAAACUUGUACCUUAUCAAAGCCACUUCUCAAGAUGGAAAACAGUAAAAAUACUAAUACAGAUUGCUUCAAAUCAACAACUUCGUCUGAGAUGUCAGCUACUUCUGUGAUAUCUUUACUACCUGAUGAUGUGCUAUUUUUAAUCUUCAAGUAUUUAUUACCCAAAGACUUAUGCAAUAUUUGUCGCGUCUGUAAAAGAUUUAACAGUUUAACAUCAAAAGAUACUGUUUGGUUGCACCAUGCAAAGAGAGAGGCAGGGUAUAAGGUGCCUUUCAGCAGUAAGCAACUUAAAGCAAAAGAGUUUUGUAGAGUUUCGGCAAACUGGCGUUUUGGGAAAUUCAAGGAUUUCUAUACUGUUAAGGUCAAACAUAGAGACAAGCUCAUCCCAUGGAUUCAAAAAACAGAUGAUGGCUUAUGGUUUUCUACAAACAACAGAAUUGGAUUUUAUAAAGUACAUGCAUCCGGCUCAAUUUCGGAAGAUAGGCGGAGAUGUUUACUGGGCAUGAAAGGGGAUGCAACUAGGUUUCUUGUUAGAAAUGGUCUAAUUGUAAGUGGAUGCAGAAAUGGUAGUGUAUACGCCUGGGACAACACAGGGAGGCAACUGUUGUGUUACCAGCAAGUUCAUCAGAGUGAUGCACAGUGUGUGGAUUUUACAGACAAUAUAAUAAUUUCUGGUUCCAGGGAUACGACUUGUAAAGUUUUGUCACUAAAAUCAAAUUGCCAAAGAGAUCCUGUGAUACAGACUUAUAAUGUUGGAGAAAGGGUUUGGUGUCUACAAAUUUCCCCCUGUCAAAGUUUUUUUGCUGCAGGAUUAGCAGGUUGUCUUGAUGAUCCGCCUGUUGUAUUGUGGGAUAUAGAGAGUUCACUGUGUCUUGGACAGUUAAGUGUAAAUCACCGCAGAGGGGCUGGUGUGUUUGAUCUCAAGUUCCUAUCUCCUACUGAGUUGUUAACUUGUGGUUAUGAUACAUUUAUGAGACUUUGGGAUUUGCGAACCCUUAAAUGUGUAAGUCAUUGGGAAGAGCCAUUUGACUCACCUCUUUACUGCAUAGAAACAGAUGGAGACAAUGCUCUAGCUGUUGGGACAGCUCGUCAUGGAAUGGUCAGAUUGUGGGACAAACGGAAAACAGAACCAGUUCAGUUUUAUUACAGUACCAAAUGUAACAGUCCUGUCUACUCCAUGGGCAUGGACUAUGGACAUUUGUAUCUUGCACUGGACAUUGGCCUCAACGUUAUGGAUUUUACAGUACAUAAUGCUCAAUCUCUGUACCAGUCUAUAUCUCCCCUUAAGCGUUAAAUCUUUGAUAGCCUUAUACAUUUUUUUCUCUAACACUGCUAAGGGUAUGUAUAAUAUUAUAUACUUACUUUAUGCCUUUGUCAAAGCCAUGAUAUAUUAGAAGUAAAUAUACCAAUAUGUUGUUAGUGUAAAUGUGUACAUUUUUGACAUUAAAGAACUAUUUUUAUAUAUAAUAUACUUUUCUUAAUUCCAAACUAUCAAUAUCUAACAUUGUAUGAAAAAUAUGGCAACUUAAAAGAAAUUUGUUAGAGUGAAACAAAAAUAUUUUAUUCUUAAAGUUAAAGCACUCUGCAUUUGUAAAAUUGUUUUCUAGCUUUACUGUAUCUUAGUCAAAAAAUAAAAGUGAUAAACACUUUACUUUUUUUUAAUGGUAGUCUUUUCUGCAAUAAGUAAACAUUGGUUCUUAAGGCAAAUAUUUAAAAGUGAAAAUCCUAUUAUCUUUAAUAAUAAACAAAAUUCCAAAUUUUGUUUUCUCUAAAUGGGAUCCUGGGCUUGAGUCCACCCAGUUCUGAUAAGUACCUAACACACAUUGGGGAAAGUUAAGGUCCACUUGGCAUAGUGCUGACCACACUAUCCUUUCAUUUGCCGAGGUGACUCGCCUGCUUGUAAGGGUAACUUCACUUUUUACCACCUGUUCUGAACAACAAAUUAAUAGACUUAAAAGCUGGUUCCAAAUGUAUGUUGCCAGAAAGCAUAUUUUGCAACCAAAAUUUUAUAUUUCACAACAUUUGUGAAAUAAGUACAAAAUGACUUUUGGCUUUAUUUAAGUGCUAUAAGAAAUAAUAAUUAGUAAUUUAAUAGUAAUUUAGCUAACACUUUUAUUUCUAAUUUGGAUUAAUAGUCAGGGUGUUGUGGUGAUAGGGGAUGUUAUAUUAUUUAAUAUAAAUAAACUACUAGGCUAUACCCCA